CAGCUCUGUUUCACCCAGAACAGAUUUUCAGAAGGCUCUCAUCAUGUACCUGUUAGUGGUGGUCCUUUCUCUUCUGCUGAGCUCUGUUCCCGCUCAGAGCCGUCCUGUUGAGGAUUUAAUUGAAAAGAUCUCCGGGAAGAUGGAUGACAUGCCAGUGUCAACUAUAAUCGAAACCAACAAACAUGCAGGACAGCGAGUGGAUGGGCCUUUGAUCAUGUUUGGAGACAUCGCCGUAUCAACAGGGUUCAAGAAUGCAGAUCCGUGCACAGCUCGUGGAUGCAAAUGGGAGAAAAGCAGAAAUGGAUUAGUCUAUGUGCCCUACGUGAUCUCCAACCAGUACUCUCCAGAUGAACUACAAAUGAUUAAACAAGGCUUCCAGUCCUUUGCAGAUGUGUCCUGCAUUCGAUUCGUACCACAUGAAGGGCAGAGGCACUUUCUCGACAUAAAGUCUGAUUCCGGUUGCUAUUCAUAUUUGGGGCGUCAAAAAGAAGUACAGGUUGUUUCUCUCGAGCGUGAUGGGUGUGUCUAUCACAGUACUAUUCAACACGAGCUCCUUCAUGCUCUCGGGUUCCAUCAUGAACAGAACCGCAGCGACCGCGACAAACACAUCAAAAUCCUUUUUAAGAACAUCGAACCUGAAGAGGAGUAUAAUUUUGAGAAAACAGAAACCAAUAAUCUGGGAACCCCCUAUGACUAUGACUCUGUGAUGCACUAUACAAGGGACGCUUUCUCUAAGAACAACGAGCCAACCAUGAUUCCCAUUCCUGAUAAUAAUGUUGUGAUUGGGGAAGCUGAAAGUAUGAGCCCCAAUGACAUCCUGCGGAUUAACAGACUCUACUGCAGUUGAAGUGCUGCCAGGCUGCAGGAAGGAUGUGUUUGCUGAUAUUAUUAAUCUUUUCAUCUUCGCAUUCAUCAUUCACAUAUCAUCUUUUUU